AUUAAUACUCCAUAUAGAUUUUCCACCAUGUGUGACUGAUUAAAGGCAAAACACACUCUCUCUCUCUCUCUCUCUCUCUCUCUCUCUGCACAGACAGGUAGAACACACACCUCCAGAUUCUCACGUCUUUUUUUUCUUUUAACUUUUCUCGUUUUCCGAAAAAUAUUUUCGUAUAAAUAAAAGAAGAGAAUCCACUCUGCAAUUUCAACACUUGUACGUAACCAGUACGAUUACGACCAAUCUCUCUGCGAGCACCAUCUUUGUACAGUUGAAAUUCUCCAUCUUUUCUCGCUUUCCUUUGGUUUUCUCUCUCUGGGUAUCUUCAAAUUCCAUCAGUGAGGAAGCUCCAAACCCAUAUGUCUUGUAUGCUAAGCUGCUCUAAUGGCGUUGUGAUUGCAACCGCCAUGGUUGUCUCGAGUACUGCUCUUUUUCUCGCCAUUUCACGCCAGUUUUCUGGGAAUCAGACGACUCAGGGUCAGGGUCCACGACCAAUCCUCCGUUCUAGUCUUUCUUCAGAAGAGAAGAAGAGAGAGAGGAAGAAGCAGAAGAAGAGGGUACGGUUCGCGGAGAAUGUGAAGGAGACGAAAGGGAACGGGGAAGAGUACAGGAGGGAGCACAGCCGGAGAACCGAACUGCUGGGUAAACCGGAGGAAACCGGGUCGGUUUGCAGGAUUGAGAUGCCGGCGAACCGGAUUGCUCUCUACAAUGGGAUUCUCAGGGACAGAAAUCAAAGAAUUCAGUGCUCCUAUUGACUUUUCUUGUCGACUAAUAAUUUCCAAAAGAAAAAAUUAUUUUCCUUUAUUUUCUUGGGAAAAUAUAUUUUUCUUUUGAAACUGUGGUAGGCGCUUCUUCCUUUUUUCUUUCUUUUUCCUCUCUGUGAAUAUGAUUUUUCUUUUUUUUCUUUUUUUUUCCCAAUGUGUUCUUUCUUCUAAAACUAUGUAGUUAUGUAUAUGGUUGACAUGUAAAACACUUGAUUUUGUAUUAACUAAUGUGUGUGUAGUACAUGAACUUGAACGAUACUCCAUCCAUUUCAAUAUAAA